UGACUGGAGGAAUAACGAUAGACGAUUUACGAUCCGAUUAUUUGAACGGUUACAAAGAAGACGAUUUUUUGUACACAACCGCAACGGAAAUACCGAAAAAAUUCGGCCCUUUACACUUCAAAAAAUUUGAAAUUGACGGCGCAAUUGUUGUCGAAGGUGGAGAAGAAUUGCCCAUAGAUUCGGUUCUGGUAACUGACGAUGUGUUAUUCGUGAAUCAGAAAAUUUAUAUAAAAAAUCUUACGGUGGCUAAUUUAAACGCCGAAAGUUACAACAAAAUUCCAAUCGAUUUUAUAAUGAGCGGAAAUAUCGGCGCGAAGAUAACUGGUAAAAUAAAAUACAAAAAUCUAGUAGUGAGGAAUGGAAUCAGUGUGAACGAAUUAUGGGCUGAUUUUUUCAACGGUAUAAACUUGAGAAAUUUCUUCAACGAAGUAAUGUACGUCGACAAGAGCUAUGAAAUGGAUUAUUUAGAAAUCGACCAGCUCGAGACGGAGAAUUUCGCGGUGGUAGAAAUGAACAAUUUGAAGAUGAGCGAUUUUGAAAAAAUGUUAAAAUACAAAGACGUCACCUCGAUAAAGAACAUAACCGUCGACGGGGAUUUAAUAGUUACUGGAAAUCUGAAAGUAGACUUUGUAAACGGCAUGACCUGCGAAAAUUUCAUCACAAAAUUAUCGACCGAUUACGUAGAGCUGAAAGGGCAGUCGAUAUUCGAAAAUUUCGUCGUAUUCGGAGAUCUAAACGCCAACUUGUUGGACAAUAUCAAAGUGGAAGACCUCGUUGCCAACGCGCUGUCAAAAACUAAGUGUCAGACAAUUAGCGGGAAAUUUAAAUUCGAGAAAAUUGAGGCCAGUUAUUUAAAAGCUCAUACGAUAAACGGCGUCAAUGUUACCAACUUGGCGCUAGUUACUGACCCCUUGAUAAUCGAGGGGGAUAUUACAUUCUCAAAUUUAUUGGUAAAGGGGGACAUAAUCACCGGUUAUUUGAACAACUUGGAUGUUCGCGAGAUUUACGAAAAUGCUCUGCUAAUUCCAUAUAAUCGAAUCGCACAGCUUACAGUGGACGGAAGUAUAUCGUGGGAGAAAUCAUUGCCGAAAUUGGAGUCCAUGUCGUAUCUCUUUGACAAAGCUGUGACGAAAAAUACGAAUCAAAUCAUAACGGGGGAAGUUAUAUUUGCAGAAAACGUUCGCGCCUUUCGUUUAACAAGUUCAAGAAUUAUUGGAGGAAUAGAUAUUGCGUCGAUAGUUUUAGACGCGGUUAUUCCCGAUGGAAAGCCGAUAGCAAUAAAGGGGGAAAAAUACUUUGCCAAAGGUUUGACGGUAGGGGAAUUGAAGGUUUCCGGUAACAUCGGUAUCCGCAAAGUAAACGACUGGGAUAUACUGGCGUUAAACUCUUCAAUAGUAAGGAAAUUCGAUACCGAAACGGUGACUGGUCAUACGAUAUUUCGCAAUGAGGUAAAGAUCGAGCAUUUGGACGUAACCGGAAAGGUUCACGGUCUGCCGACUCACGGUAUUGCAACCAUCAAUUACACGCUUCCGAGCAACACGAAAUUUCUACAUCUCCAAGUGCAAAGUGAACUGCGUGUGGGAAAAAUCGACGGUGUGGACAUCGAUACGUUCAUCAAAAACCGAGUCACGCUCGACGGAAACCAUGACGUUUAUUGCGACGUUAUUUUCCGUGACGCGGUCUUCGUUACCCAAAACGCGAAUUUACCGUCCAUAAAUGGCAUCCGAAUCUCCGACGUCGUGCUCAGCGACAGUUCAGAGACUCAGUUAAUAUCGGGGGAAAAGGUAUUCGUCAAAGAUCUGAGUGUCCACGGUAGAGUAAACGUCGGUCUAAUAAAUGAAAUCCCCGUGACGCACGAGUACGAAAACGGUAUUUUCAACAACGUGGAUACCCUGAUCGAUGGAAACAUCAUCUUUGCAGCAGACUUUGAGACUCAUUCAGACAUUUCCGUAUCCAAUCUAGUGAACGGUAUCAAAUUGACCGAUCUGUCAGGGGAAAUAACGAGCGAAGUAAAUACCAUGAUAAAAAACCUCGAAACCGGUCAAUCAUACAUAGACAAAAUAAUCGACAGAUCGAUAAACGCUACCGCAUCAAUGCCGGAUAUUUUCUUCUACUUGGACGUGGAUCAAGAACUCGUUAUCCGGGCCCCAAACAUCCGUAAAAUUCAAACCGUCAGCGUAGAAUCGAUGACCAAAUUGAACCUUUACGGCGUCGAACAAGGCCGGCACUGCGGUUUGCCGGAUUCUUGUCUGUGCCCUGCUCAAUAUGUGGCUGAACUCCUCGAUUACGAGUGUAAAAUUUGGAAGAUUGAUGGCGCGAGAACUGUCUAUAAUUUCCACGAAUUAGAGUCCCGUUUCGGAAUGAUAAUCGUCAGCAACGUCACAUCAAGCGGUCCCCAUUGCACACACGAAAAUCACGCCGCCGAAAUCACUACGGUUUCGUGGAUGACUUCCGAGAAGAUGCCAACCGGUCAGAUCAAGGGACACGUCGAGGCAGAACGCUUGGAAAUUGGCGGUUAUCUCAGCGAUGCCAAGACCUUUAUGAUCGGGGAAAAAUUCUACGUCGUCCUUGCCAUUUACUACGACGCAUUCGUCAAAUCCCACGAAGUAAAUUCAUUGGUUUACGAGAUAAACUUGUCUAGUGGUGAAAUUACUUUGGUGCAAAAAAUUCGAACGAGUGGUGCAAUCGCUUUGGAUAUUUUUGCCACCAAGAGGCACGGAAUACAUCUUCUUAUAGCCUGUGCACAACGCCCAGCCGAAUCUCAGAUCCAUCGUUUUAAAAUACGCAAAUCUAAGUUUGAACUGUUGAGGAGCUUUCGGACCGGAGGAAGCCAGAAUGUCAAGAGUUUGAUACUGGAAAACGAAUAUUUCGUAUUACUCGAUGAUCCUCUGGCCAAUUCUGUACACAUUUUUUAUUACAAUAGAAUAUUUGAUAACUACUAUUUUUAUCAAAGUCUAUUUCAUCAAUCGCUGGUGAAAACUAUCGAAGUAUUUUAUUCUGGAGCUUCUGGGACUAGUGAUGCCUUCGUAAUCGUUACCACUGAAGAAGGACGAUUUUUUGUCUACGAAUACAUGUACUACGGGGGAUUUCAAUUGCGCAUACAACAAUGGUUCGACGGUGUUCAAACAAUGACACAGUUCAACUAUUCUCAACGUCGAUAUAUUUUUGUCGGUGCCACGACAAAUAGCACGGUCUAUAAAAUCGUGCAACAAGGGCCAGUCAAUAAUUUAUACAAUUAAAUUUCGAAUUUUCUUCAAUCACUUGUGCAUGUUUAAUAUUUGAAUAUUUUUGGAAUUAGGAAAAAAGAAAAAAAAUGUUGAAAAACAAAAAAAAAAAGAUUGUAAAUCUUACCAAUAACGUUGUUGAAAUUAAUUUAUACUAAUUUAUUCUUACAUGAUCAUCAUACUUAAUCUAUUGUUAUACGUAUAUACUAUUAUAUUAUACACCAUGUUAUAUGACUUGU